UUGGAGUUGUGAGGGGUGGGAGAGGAAGAGAUGAGGAGAGGAAGUAGGGUCUUGCAGUUUGCUGGAUGACCUGUAGGGAUAGUUGUUUUGGGAGGUUGUGGGGUUUUGGGGGAAGAGACCGGAGAGAGGGAAGGAAGGCAGACAGUGGCUCCUGGUCUCUCUCUCUCUCUCUCUCUCUCCAUGUUUGUCUGGGGUUGAGACGCAGACGGAGGCCUACAACAAGAGGAGCAGGAGGACAGGCGGCAGCUGCAGCCGUACCCGGGCUGAGCAGAGAGGAGAAAAAUCAAAACUCUUAUACGGACUCACGAUUUGAGAAACUAAAAUGGAGGAAAGGCCUAGUUUUCCGAGAAGGAGCAAAGAGAUGGCAAUUGGCAGGGAAGAAACCAGCUCAUGGAGGGGUACUGUGCACCAAGAAAAUCAUUUACAGACUGGAAAUUAUUUAACAGGUUAUAAUAAAAGGUCAGAGAACCUGCUGCCAAAAGAAAAAGAUGUAAUGGAGAACUAUGGUACAAGUCCAAGGAAAGGUGCUCAAAGCAUCUCGAGCAGCCCAAAUACUGCCAAAAGAGGAGGUUACAGCCCGGGGACAUGGAUGAAUGAUGGUUAUAAAGAAAAAAGUAGAAAGCGGAUACCUGAGCAAUAUGGGUCUCCAGUUCAGAAUGUGGAGAGGAACUGGAGGGACAGUCCUUUUGAGUUAAAGUACAAGUCUCCAGCAAAAAACCUUGAGUACAGUAGAAUAGAAUGGAACAGUAAGACUCAAACAAGUGGUGAUAAAACCAGAAGCGUCCGAAGGCAGCUUCAUAUUGAGCCAGGAAAUGAAGAAGCAUUUGAAAGGCAAAGUGAAGGGCGAAAACGGUCCAGGAAAAUAAAGAGAAUGAAUGAACAAUUUGAAGAUAUCAGUGCACCUGUUAUUGAUGAAUCCAAAUUAACAAAGGAGGAACGACUAGGAUUGUGUCAAGCUGAGGAAAGACUAGGUCGAGAAUUUAUCUAUAGAUUGAAAAGGCGUGCCCGAAGUUGCCCUACCGCUAAAUACACCUGUAAACUCUGUGAUGUUUUGAUUGAAUCUGUGUCAUCUGCCCACAAGCACAUCAAAGAAAAGCGACACAAGAAAUAUAUAAAGGAAAAACGAGAAGAAGAAAUGCUCACAAUGCUUCCUCCUCCACGUCCAUCACAAGUAAAAGCAAUUGACGCUGCCAUUGAAAAGGUGGUAAAAGAAUGUGGCAUAACUGAAAACGAUGUGAUUAAAAGGCAUGAAAUUACCAAGGCAAUGGAAAAGAUUGUCCACCAAUUAUUACCAGAUUGCUCACUUAGACUAUACGGCUCCUCUUGUACAAGAUUUGGUUUUAGUGAUUCGGACCUCAACAUUGAUAUACAAUUUCCAGUUCAUAUGAACCAACCAGAUGUGCUAUUGCUUGUUCAAGAAAGCCUUAAGAAUAGCAUUACUUUCAUUGAUGUUGAGGCGGAGUUCCAUGCCAGAGUGCCUGUUGUACUAUGCAGGGAAAAGCAAAGUGGUCUUUUAUGUAAAGUGAGCGCAGGCAAUGAAAAUGCAUGGCUCACAACCUGCCACUUAGCUACCCUGGCAAAGCUGGAACCCAGGCUUACUCCACUGGUUACUGCCUUUAGGUAUUGGGGGAAGCUUUGUCACAUUGAUAGUCCAGAAGAAGGAGGCCUACCACCAUAUGCUUUUGCUUUGAUGAUAAUCUACUUUCUACAGCAACGAAAGGAAGCUGUGCUGCCCGUUUACCUUGGAUUAUGGAUUGAAGGUUUUUCUCUGGAUAACCUGGCAAAUUUCAGUCUUAAAGGUGUAGAAGAUAACCAGGUCAUCUGGGAACUGAAAGCUGUCAGCACAGAUGAUGUUAUUUCGAAUGAAGGAAAAGUAGCACUUACAUUUAGGGAAGAUGAACAAAGUUCCUCCCCUAUGGGCCAACUGUGGGUGGAGCUUCUUCGGUUUUAUGCACUGGAAUUUGCCUUGGCUGACUAUGUCAUCGGAAUACGAAUUCGAGAACCACUUUCUCGGGAAGCUAAAGACUGGCCUAAAAGAAGAAUUGCAAUAGAAGAUCCAUACUCGGUAAAAAGAAAUGUUGCACGAACCCUUAACAGCCAGAUGGUGUAUGAUUACAUCAUUCAUUGUUUGAGAGCAACCUACAAGUAUUUUGCAUUGCCCAAGAACAAAGCAGCAAAGUGCAACAGAAAGGGCAAUACAAAAGUUGAUUCUGAAAGUACUAAAAAGCUGGACAGUAUCAAAACUGGUGGUGCUAUUCCAGCAGGUACUCCCAAUGGAGGGUACUUGCAAUUGCAUACGGAUAGUGAUAAAAUCAAUGCUGUAGAUUCCUUUAGAAAUGAACAAACUAUACAAAACUGUGGAUCUGAAGGAAUUGCUGAGGAAGAGCUGAUUUCUGAUUUUGAAAACAUUUUGAUUACUUCAUAUGAGCCUAAUGAUAAAAAUCAUCCAGAACAAAGUGAAGAUAAGCAAAGCAGUGAUGAUGUUUUGGAAAGUGGAAAUGAUGAGGAGCGGUUUGAUAUGCCUGGAAAGCAGAAAAAGAGUUCAGCUGCUACCAGCAGAGUCUGGGAGGAAGACAAGGGUAACCAUUCUACAGAAGUCGAUAAGGAAACCUCCAGUGAUGAAGAGAUGGGUACCCGUGUUAAAAAUUCUUAUUUUAGAGAUAACUUUUAUUCUGAAAGUCUAUCAGAUUCUGAAGGUUUUCUGAAUCCACAGAAUAUGGAAUGUGAUGAAUUUGGUUUAGAAGACUGCAGUCAACAAGAAGGGAAAGAUGAAGAAGAAAUUGUAUUGAAUGAUGAAGAUAGAGAAAGCUCUGACAGUGUAGAUUUAUUACCUUGCACCCCUGAAAAGCCAAUGCAUCAGCUUGUGGGAGCAGUAAGCAGGAAUGAAGAGGAUGAGGAAGACGAUGAGGAGGAGGAAGAGGAUGAAUUGGAUCUGAAUAUUUCAAGAAUUCACCUUGAUACAGCUGACGAGGAGUUUGAGAAUAUAUGUACUGAGUCCAGUGAGGAAGAUGAUCAGUCUGGUGAGGGUACAGUAAUUCAUGAUGAAUUACUGAACUGCAAGGGACAGACAUCAGCAAAAUCUCAAGAUGGUGCCACUGCUCAGCUAUUUAAACACAGUGUUGAUAAUGAAGUAACUAUGAAGCAGAAACAAGAGCUUCAACUGGAUGAAAUGAAUAAGGAAACUCUUCACCAGGAAUCACAAACCAGUGGAGAGGACGAUAUGUUUUAUACGUUCAACAGAAUUGAUUUUACAAAGGGCAAGGCUUCCAUAAUUGUUUGCAACUUGUGCAAACGAGAAGGACAUUUGAAGCAAGAUUGUCCAGAGGACUUCAAAAAAGUUGACCUUGAUCCAUUACCACAAAUGACACCCAUCUUUCUGGAAUUUCUGGAUCAGGUUUGCUUCCAUUGUUACAAAGAUUUCUCUCCAGAUAGUCUGGAAAUUCAGGCACGUGAACAUAUUUUGCUAUGCCUGGAAGAUUUUAUCAGAACGGAGCUUGAUGCUACAGCAAAUCUCUGCUUGUUUGGGUCUUCCAAGAAUGGGUUUGGUUUCAAACAAAGUGACCUUGAUAUCUGUAUGACAUUUGAAGGUCGUGAAACAGCAGAGGGAUUGAACUGCAUCAGGAUUAUUGAGGAUUUGGCAAGAGUGCUCAGGAAGCAUCCAGGCCUAAGAAGCAUUCUGCCCAUUACAACAGCAAAAGUGCCAAUCGUUAAGUUUUUUCAUGUAAGGAGUGGACUUGAGGGAGACAUUAGUUUGUAUAACACUCUGGCAUUGCAUAAUACUGGACUUUUGGCCUCUUAUGCAGCUAUUGAUCCCAGAGUGAAAUAUUUAGGAUAUACUAUGAAAAUUUUUGCAAAGAUAUGCGAUAUUGGAGAUGCAUCCAGGGGCAGUCUUUCAUCAUAUGCAUAUACUCUAAUGGCACUUUACUUCUUGCAGCAGAGGAAGCCACCAGUUAUUCCUGUCCUUCAAGAGAUAUUCGAUGGAGNAAAAAAGUCAGUAUUUGUCGAUGGCUGGAAUGUUUAUUACUUUGAUAAACUUGAUGAAUUGAAAAACAGGUGGCCAGACUAUGGCAAGAACGAAGAAUCUGUAGGGGAAUUAUGGUUGGGACUUCUCAGGUUCUAUACUGAGGAGUUUGAUUUUAAAGAACAUGUUAUCAGCAUUAGGCGAAAGAAUCUGCUCACAACCUUCAAGAAGCAGUGGACGUCUAAAUACAUUGUAAUAGAGGAUCCAUUUGACCUGAACCAUAAUCUUGGAGCUGGAUUGUCCCGAAAAAUGACAAAUUUUAUCAUGAAAGCUUUAAUCAAUGGAAGAAAAAUUUUUGGAACUCCAGUCAGAUGGAUCCCAAAGGAAUAUCCUGCAUUUUUGGAGUAUUUCUUUGAUCCUGAGAUUCUGACUGAAGGAGAGGUAGCUCCAAAUGACAGAUGUUGUAGAAUUUGUGGGAAAAUUGGACAUUUCAUGAAAGAUUGUCCCAUGAGAAGAUGCAAGACCAGAAGAAGAGAAAAUCGUGAGGACGUUAGAACCAAAAUGGGUUUGAAUGACCAGUUUCAAAAACCUAUUGAAUCCAAACCUAAAAGAAAACAUGAAGAAAAAGAACCUCAAAACAAGGAUGUCCAGAAGAUGUACAGGGAAAGCUUGAAAGAUGUUCCAAAAAUAGAGGGAGAGUUGUAUGGAGAGGCUCGUACCCCACGGAAAACAAAAGAAGAGAAGGUAACAAAUGAAAUUCUGAGAGAUCGAACUCCCAGGCAAUAUGCAGAACAAAGGAGAAAGCAGGAGCAGGAUAAGCGUUGCUUUACCUGUGGGAAAGAAGGCCACAUCAAAAAAGAAUGUCCUCAAUACAAAGGUGGAUCGGGUGCUGAGAAUGCUUCAUCAGUAAGAAUGACUGUGCCCUCUUCAGUAUCAAAUGUCAUAGGAAAUGAAAAUAAAAUUCACAUGAAAGAGAAGAGGAAACAAAAACAAAAAGGAUUCUUAAAUUCUCAGCCAGCAGGCCUUAGCAAUAAAUUCUCAACAAACUCUUCCGCUCAGGGAAAAUCUUCACAUAAAAGAGCCCAACCAGAAUGAAAUUUGAAGAAAGAAAGCCAAAAAGAAAAUGCAGUGCGUUUCCAUUUGGUUGAUGAUUAUAAAUCUAUAAGUUUUGUGUAAAUCCUCUAAUUCUACCACAAUUGAAAAGAGAGUAAAUGAUUUAUGCUUGUCUUGGUGGAACAAAGAGUGUUUUUUUUUAUGUUUUGUGUUUUAAAAUGUUGCCACAAUGUGGUGGCCUGUUCUUUUUUUUAAAAUGAGGAAUGUUUUUAAAUUAGACCACAGGCCUUGUUUAAAAUGUAUUUCAUGUUGUAAUAUCAAGCAUCAGAAAUUGAAAAUUUCAAGCACUGUUUUAAUCUUCUUUUGACCAGUAAGCCAACUAUUACAGAAGUUUAUUUUUCUUCCGUAAAGUAAAUUGCAAACCCAGCUCAUCAAUUCUGGAAUUAUUUCUUGUGCACAUUCAAUACAUGAGUGCUAAUAGUAAUUUAAUUGAAAAUUGUUAAAGUAACAUCAAAGUUCAGAAAUGUUACCCCAAUUUUCAGAAUAACAUUCAAAUUUAGUUCUCCCCUCCUCCCCCAAAAUGUACAUAAACUUGUCACUAAAAUAAAUUCACAAAUAUGUCAUCAGAUUUGUGAUCUUGGAUGUAUUUAAUUACUAUAGAUAGGAGAAUAGGAGUAUAACUUGAUGUAUCAUUGUUUAUAAUCCACUGUUUAUAGUCCACUGUUAAGCACCACGAGACACUGUCCCAUGUGAAGGCCGCUAUAUAAAUGCAAGUUGUUGUUAUAAUAACAAGUCUUUUUGGGAGUUGCUGAUUUAGCAAAUAGUUGGCAGUGGGUAAAUGUUAUUUAUUUACAUUCUAAUCUUUGGACUGUCAAUUGGUUUAAUUUGAACCAUUGAAAUUGAAGCCAAAAUGUAAACAACCCUUUUUAAAAACUUAUAUGAAUAGUUGUGGUUCAAAUUACGUCCCAGUGGUAUUUUUAUGAUUUGAUUUUGGAGGGAAAAUGUUAUAUAAGGUUAUAUGUGCAUCUGGAAAUGGAAAUCUUGAAUUUGUUUAAUACUAUGACUGUGAUAAGUUGCUUUUGAAUAAAUGUGUGUUUUUUGAGGAUUUGCUGCUUAAGUUGCUGAAGUGUUUAAAACACUGAUGCUUGUAUAAAAAGCAAGAUUUGAGAUGUGGAUAGGUACCUCUUGUUUGUACAUAUGUGGUAAAUGUACAUUCAAAAUCUUAACUACUGUAUGUAAAGUCUUGUGGCAACACAAAUAAAAAUUCUUAGAAAAAGGAAA